AUGGAUAAAUUAAAAACUAUUGAUUUAAGUUCUAUAACUUGGAAAAAUAUUAAAGACCAAGGUCUCGAUCUUGAUUACACUAUAGCUAUACCGAAAAAUAUAGCAAAUGAGUUACUCAAGGAACUUGACGAAAGCUUGGAAUAUUUCACAGGCGAAUUAUCACAAGUCAGGGUGUUUGGUAAACUCUACCCGCUACCCCGUCAGCAAGUAGCUUAUGGUGGUCCAGGAAUAACUUAUUCUUAUUCAGGAACCACUGUUCCAGCCCUCCCUUGGCCGACUCCAGUAUUAGCGCUAAGGGAUUUCUUGACUACUUUGAAAGGCAUAAAGUACGAAUUUGUUCUGGUAAACAAAUAUAGAAAUGGCAAUGACCACAUGGGGGAACACAGAGACAACGAACCUGAAUUAGAUUCGAACUACCCUAUCACAUCCGUUUCUUUAGGACAAGAUAGAGAUUUCAUUUUAAAACACAAGGACGCUAGAAAAUCAGCUGGUGCCAAAAUACCGAUACCACCGGUUAAAUUAACUUUAGAGCAUGGCAGUAUUCUACUUAUGAAUCCACCUACAAACUCUAUAUGGUAUCAUUCUUUACCUGUGAGGAAGAGAGUUUUGAAUCCAAGAAUCAAUCUGACCUUCAGGAAAAUGCGUACAAAAUAAAAUGAACAUAAAUAAAAAUAUU